AUGAAUAACGUUGUAUAUGUAUUUAAUGAUGACUUGUUUGGUGUGUAUCUUGGAAAAGAAGAAGCUUUACUUAACAAACCAAUUUAUGUGGGAUCAGCUGGAUUAGAUUUAAUUCUUGAUUCUGCUGAUGUUGAAAAGAAAUUAGCGCAUGACGUGAUUCUUGUCUCGAUUACAAACCGACACUGUUCAGGAUCUCUCAAUAUUGAACAAAUACCUCAACUGCUUCUCAUUUAUCCGGAAAAUAUCAACGUUUUCUCAUCGUGUGGUUUAAUGGAUGGACCAAAUGAAAACGAUGGGUGA